AUGUCUGAUAAUUCUGAAAGAGAAAGUCAAAGCUCCCCAAGUCCCCAUGCCUUCAGUGGGGAAGAGUUUGAGAGUGGUAGCCCUAAUGAAGACUUGGGUACUGAUGGGGAAAGUACUGAGUCUGAACGUGUGGUGGAAGGGCUGAUAAUGGAGGGAAAUAGGGUUGGGGGAGAAGAGCAGUCAAGGAGUUCUGGGGGGGAAGCUUAUAGGGAGAUGCAAAGGAACUAUGUGGCCCUAGAAGCUUGUGCAAACCGGGUGUUGGGGAUAACCCAGGCACCAGAGGCUAGUGGAAGUGGGCGGGCUGGGCCGUCGGGGUGUGGGACGGUGGUAGUAGCAUCCGCUGAUGUGGGUAUCCCAAUAGGGGUUCCACUACCGAAGAAAAAUAUGAUGAGUUUGUAUGAUCUAGAGUCACUGAAGGCAGACUAUGCGAUACCUGAUUGUGUGGGGCUGAGGUUGCCCAUACCUACCGAAGCGGCUAGAUACCCUCCCGAGGGUUGCGUUAUGGUGUUCUCAGCCAUGUACAAACAUGGGUUGAGGUUACCAUUGCAUCCUUGGGUGCAAAUGAUGCUCUCUAGACUGGGCUAUGCCCCUGGGCAGUAUAACCCCAACUUCUGGUGUAUACUGCACGGGGUGUACAUAGCGUGGUGGUUGGCGAAACGAGGGGAGCCCACCUUUGAGCAGUUCAUGCAUCUGUACUCAGUGUCCAGGCAACAGGGCAACUUUGGCUGGGUGCAGGUCAACUGCCGAAAGGCGAAGGAGAGAGGAUACUUUAUAGGGCAACCACCAUCGUCGCAGAAGACGUGGCGAAAUCGAUGGUUCUUUGCCUUUGGUGAUUGGGAGUGCUGGCCUGGGACGACUGUCAGCAAACAUGUGGUGGUGGAUCCAGAGGAGAGGCAGCGAAAGUUGCAAGAGAGAAGGGAGAAGGAUAGGGCCAAUAGGGCCAAGAAGCAGGCAAAGGGGGCGCCCAGUACCGCCGAGGGGACAGCAGCCCGGGCUGCUGGGAAGCGGCCUCGGACGGAGGAGGAUGAGCGGUUGGAGGAGCUGGAGAAGAAGAGGAGGGGACUUGAGUCCUCAAUCCAUGACGUCAUGGGUGGGACAGUGCUGCCGCCGUUUGACCUAGAUCCCCCACCCAGGCUGCCGCUCGAGAUGGAGGAGCUAUUCCCUGCAGGUACCGAGGAUAUAGACUUUGCCUCGGUUCGACGGGAGGCGAAGGAGGUAACCCUGGCCAUGCAUCGCCAGGAAGUGCCUCUUGUCAACGCCUUCCUGACUGGGGUAAAGAUUGAUGCGGGGGAGCUCGCUCGGACCAAGGCCACGGACUUCUCCGAUCGGGUGCAGAAGACGGUGCUCUCUGCCGCCAAUGCCUUUGGGGAUAUGUACCUUACCCUAGCCAGGGCAGAGAGAGAGGUGAACCUGGCUAGACGCCAUUCCGAGACAGCCAAGGCUGCUACCGCCGAGGCUCAGGCUGCCCUCCGGGAGAGGAAUGCGCUGCAGCUGAAGGUGGGGAGGUUGGAGCGGGAGCUGAAGGAGACGACUCGGCGGCUGGAGGCGGUGGAGGAGGCUAGGCUCGAGUCUGAGAGGAGGAGGACCGAGGAGCUGAGCAUGGCUCGUGCCGAGGCUGUGGAGGAGUAUCAGGGCUCAGACAGGUUCAAGAGCCUUGUGCUGGACGCGAUGGUCGAGGAGCAGUAUGGGUGGGAGAAACUGGUUGCGAGGUUUAAUCCAGGGUUGGAUAUAAACUUCGACACCAGUGGUGUUCCUCCUCCCAUUCCUUCCGGUCGGGAGUCAUUGUUUGCGGCCACACCAUCUGCCGAGGCCACGAGUCCUUCGGAGGCUGAGACGCGGGGAGGUGCCGAUGCUAGCGGAGGGGAGUCGACCGUGGAUCCUGACACAGCUGCCGAGGAUGAGGCGGACGACCAUGCUGAUGCCUGA